CUUCAGGAAAUAAAACUGUGACGACGACUUCUCUCCAAACAACAGCCGACAACCAAAUAUGGAGAACAAAGACUUCAGAAACAAGGUUCCAUGUGACCUCUGCAGUAAGACGGCUCUGAAAUCCUGCCUGGUUUGCCUGGCUUCUUAUUGCAACGAUCACCUGCAGCCACAUCACACAGUUCAGGCCUUGAAGUGGCACAAUCUGAUCAACCCUGUGGCGACCCUCGAGGAUAGGGUGUGCAAGAAACACAACAAGACGAAAGAGUUUUUCUGCAGGAAAGACAAGAGCUGUAUUUGCAUUGUCUGCUUGAGGGAUGACCACGUAAUGCAUAAAGCCGUCUCUCUAGAGGAAGAGUUUAAGGAGAGGAAAACUAAGCUGAAGCGUGUAAAUAAGAAAGUCAAGGACACUCUGAAAAAGAAGUCUGCAAUGGUUCAGGGGAUUCAAAUCUCAGCGACACAAGGUCGGCAGGAAGUGGACAGAACGAAAGCCGAAACUAUUAAGGCCUUCAAUGCUCUGGUGGGCUUGAUUGAGACCCAAAAGGUUUGGCUGGUUCAGCUGCUGGAGGACAAGCAGAAAGCAGCAGAACAGCAGGCGGAAGAGCUCAUCAGACAACUGCAGCUCGAGAUCACAGAGGAGCAUCGGAAGAGCACCGAGCUGGAGGAGCUCUCGAAGACCGAGGACGACUUUAGACUCCUCCAGGGCCUCCUGUCUGUUCCUCACCAUUCAAACACGACACACCGCUUCACCGCCAGAGCCCAGUGUCUGCAUGUAGAGACGGUGAGGAGCGCGGUGGCGAAGAUGGAGGACACGCUCAACGAACAAAUGGCAAAUAUUAUCAGAGAAGUCAAUCUGGUGGAUAAAGAGGAGCCGCUUGAGGAACAGACGCAAACAGAGGAUGUGUUUGACGAUGAGUUGGGGAAUAUCCAGAGGCAACAUGCAAAGAAUGUGACUCUGGACCCGAACACGGCACACCCCUCCCUCACUGUGUCCGAGGAUGGGAAACAGGUGAGCUACGGAGGCAGAAAGAGGGAAGUCCCGACCAACCCCAAAAGGUUUGACUCCCUCCAUUUUGUCCUCGGAAACGAGGGGUUUUCUUACGGCAAGUUCUACUACGAAGUUACACUUCAGGGGCAAACAGACUGGGAAGUCGGAGUGGCAAGAGAGACCAUCGGCAGGAAGGGGCCUAAUGUGUCCCUCAGCCCUGAAAAUGGAUGCUGGACUCUGGGGUCGUAUUCGGGAUGCUGCCAGGCCAAUACAAACCCUCCCGUCGUUCUCUCCUUGUCUGAAGAGCCCCAGAAGGUUGGGGUCUUUGUGGAUUAUGAAGGCGGGUUGGUGUCUUUCUAUGACGUGGAUACCAGGGAUCUGAUAUACUCCUUUACCGGAUGUGCCUUUAGCGUACCGUUCCUGAGUAAUCUACUAUCAUUCAGGAUCUACAGGACCAGGAUCUUCCCUUUACUCCGACCGAGCGCUGAGGAGGACAGUAACUGUGCUCCUCUACAGAUCACUCCUAUCUGAUCCUCAACCUAAAAGAUGUGAUUUAGAUGUGAUGUGCAUUACUCACACAGACAAGUUUUAGUUGGGUAGUCCGCCUGUGACUCCAGCUGGAGCACCAAAGAUAUACUGUAAAAUAACUGUGAAAAUACAGUAAUUUUCUAUAAUUAAAAUAGAGUUUUUAGCUUUAAUUUUCUAUAAAAUCUUUUUAAUGUUUAAUUAAAGAUAUUUACACUGUUAAAACAAUGCAAUGAGCUAUAAAUCCA